GUCCUGGCUCGUUCACCAACUGGCGUGAGCUCAACGUGUUUUUUUUUCUUAUCAGCGUCGGUUAUCGUUUUUUGGAUUUGUUUAGUUUCGAUUGCGGAAACUUCUUGUUCCAUCGUGUUUCAUCGCGUUCGGUUCUAAUUGAAAAAACUAUUGAACUUGUUUGUUAUUGUUCACUCUCAAUUGUUGAAUCGCUAAACUGAAUUGGGCAGUGAGAGGCGAGAUUGAAUGAAAAGAGAAAGAAGAGGACGGAACUGAGGCUAUUGCGUUUGUCUGUUUGUAAUCAGCCUGCUUUGUGCGUCGCUCUGUCGUCGCCCCAUUAUCCAAUUCAGAUUGUCUUUCCAUUGCCGGUCGGGUUGGCCAACACACACACACGAAAAGGGAGGCGUGAGAGAGAGAAAGCGUCAACGAAAUAAAUCGCCAUUAGCGCAAGAAGAAGAAGACAAUCGCAGUGUGUGGGAGGCACGAAACAAACGCGCGCUCUUCAAUUCUAUUUGUUGUCGACGGUGUUUUGUUUUGUUUUUUUGCGCCCCUCUCUCAGUUGUGAACUGUUGUCGUUUGUCCCGUUCUGGAACGGAAUCAGACGGGAAAACGGAGUCGUUUGACUAUCUCCAGCCUCUACGGCAAAGCCCCUGGCUGUGGCUACCGACGGUGCAGGCCGGCCCCAGCGACUUGUACACGAGCCUUGCGUUGCAAACUGCCCAGUUGAAUCACUCGCAGCCGGCCAAGCGACGCAAAACGUCGUGCACUUGGUCCGCGUCGACGACACCGACGGCAUCGACAGCGGGAACGAUAGCGACGUCGUCGUCGUCGUCGUAUUCGGCGAGGACGAGUUUGGAGGCUAACGAACUGUCCGUCUGCCUGCCGGCCUCCGCUGCUGCGGCUGCAGCGGCGGCUGCCUGUCAACAGUUCACGACGGAUCCCCUCGCCGCCGAAGAUUUGCUCCUCAGCUGGUACUCGCUUUACCAGCCGCGUCCCAAUCCGACGUCAGCGGCGGCAGCGGCCCACCACCAGGCGGCCACGGCGGCCGCAGCCGCUGCGGCAGCCGCCGCUUCCGCGCCCGCCGGCUCCAUGUUGGCCGCCAUGUCGACGCUGAUGAUGCCCGCCGCGGCCAUGACGCUCGCCGGCCAUCACAAUCUCCACCAUCAUCAUCCGGCCGCUGCGGCCGCUCUGGCCGGCGCUCUGCAGCACCAGCACCAGCACCAACCGCAUCACCAUCAUCCGCAUCAUCACCACCAUCACCACCAUCAUCAGCAACAACAACAACAACAUCAACAGCAGCAGCAACAGCAACAACAGCAGCAACAACAACAACACCAGGCGCAUCAGCAGCACCAGCCCAAACCGGCCGAUCUGUUGAGCAUUGCCGCCGCGGCCGCGGCCGGAACUCACUCGGCCGGGGCUUCGCUGCCCGUCGCUCAUUUGGCUCUGAAAUCGGCCAGCGUCAACGGCCACGGCGGAAGCGGCAGCAGCAACAGCAGCGCUAGUAGCGCAGGUGGAAGCGCCGCUAGCGGCGGGGCAGCCAACGGCCAUUGUCAGAACAGCAACGAACAUUUCCACAUUUUCGUGGGCGACCUGAGCCCGGAAAUCGAGACGCACACGCUACGCGACGCCUUCGCCGCUUUCGGAGAGAUCUCAGACUGCCGCGUAGUACGAGACCCCCAGACGCUCAAAUCCAAAGGCUAUGGAUUCGUUUCCUUCGUCAAGAAAUCGGAUGCCGAGAACGCUAUCGCCGGAAUGAACGGACAGUGGCUCGGCACUAGGGCCAUCCGCACCAACUGGGCCACCCGUAAACCACCGGCUCCGAAAGAUGGCGCGUUUUAUGCAGCCGGAUCGAAGCCCAUGUCGUAUGACGAAGUCUUUGGCCAGUCAUCUUCCACCAACUGCACCGUCUAUUGCGGCAACUUGGCUCAAGGAUCCACCGAAGAGGCGCUGCAGAAGAUUUUCGGCCCUUACGGCCAGAUCCAGGAGAUCCGCGUCUUCAAAGACAAGGGAUACGCCUUCAUUAGAUUUGCGUCGAAAGAGUCAGCCACGCAAGCCAUCGUCUCGGUCCACAACACAGACCUGAACGGCCAAAACGUCAAGUGUUCGUGGGGCAAAGAGCCGGGAGAGCCCGGCAGCGCUAACAAUGCCCAGCUGAUGACGGGCGGAUUGGGCCCGACCAACACGCAAUACCCGUACGGCUACAACCAAGGCAUGAGCUACUGGUACCCGGGAGGCUACCCGCCGCAGAUGCAGUCGCAGUUCGUGCAAGGCAUGCAAGGCUACGCGGCCUACGGCCAGUUUGCCGGCUACCAGCCCAGCAUGGGCAUGCAGCUGCCGGGCGGCUGGCAGAGCGUUCAGGCGCAGGCUGGAGCUGGCCAGCAGAUGGCAGCCGCAGCGGCCGCUGCCGCCGCCGCUUCGCAGCAGGGCGGCAUGGUGGCGUCGUACCCGAUUCAGCAAUUCCAGGAUUCCGAUUUCAUUUAGGCUCAGUGAUGAUGACUUGCUUGAUCAUGACCGACGAGGGACUGGCACGGGAUCGAGAGAACAGACAAACAGUGUAUGUGUGGGGCCGUCAAAAAUGAAAAGAAAAACUCUCGAAACUUUGAAAAGAAAACACAAAAACAAACUAAAAACUGAACGAAAAACUAAAGGAAAAGAAAAAAAAACAUUUUGUAUUGAGAAUUUGAAAAAAAACCAAACACGCGGGAGAAGAGGAGAGCAACACAAACAAUAAAAAAAAACAAAACAAUUCUUUAAUAAAUUACAAAACAAAAACGUUAUGGACGAUGGAGGAGACUAUGUCGUGAAGAGAGAAAAACAAAAAGGAGCCGGGCGCAACGAAAAAAAUAAAAUAAAAUAAAUAAAUACAAAAAAAAUACAAAAAAAUAUUGUGAAGUCAAAAAAGAAGAAGAAGAAGAUGAAAGAAUUAAUAAUUAAAAUAAAAUUUACAAAAUGUGGUGAUGACUGAACAAUGGUGUGGUGGUGCUCCUGCUGUUUGUUGAUGUUGCGGCGGCGCUUUUUGAUUGCAAAAAAAAAACUAAAAACUAAACUAAAAAAAAAUUAAUAUGCAUACAUAAAAUAAAAAAAAAAAAAAUCUGAAACAUACCAACGCGACAGGAGAAAGUAAGGUUGGUGACUAAAAAAAAACAAGGGUUUUUAUAUCUAAUGUCGGUCAUUUUUGCAGACUUUCGUUCAGAAAAUGCUGAACAUUUUUGAACGAUGUACCACAUUUGGGGGGGAUAAAUGAGUUAUACAGAUGCGCGCAUAUUUCAUCUCACAUUUUCAUCGAUUCACACGUUUCACCCCACCUACCCCAUCUCAUUCGACAUGCACACACACACGCAUCUACACACACACAAGAAAAAUCGCCAUUAGACACAGAAUGAGGAAGCAAAAAAAAAAAAAUAAAUAAUAGAAAGAAUUGACCUAUGAGCAAAUGAAGAAUAUUUCCUUUUUUUUUUUUUUUUUUUUUGUUUCCUCCACGCUCUUCCUCAUUUCAAAACAUUUUAUUUUUUUUUUAUUUUAUUUUUUUUUUUGUUUUUUCAUGUCGAAAUCAUUAUUUGCCCCGGCGUAAGUGGAAGAGAUCGAGUGAUGACAAAUACAUGAAUUCGCAAAUUAA